AUGAUGAAACCAAAUCGAGCUAAUCUUCUAGCACUCUUAAUGAUCCUUUCUGUCGCUUUUCUUGCUGCAACUACUGAAGCACAAGUAUGCAGCGCGAGUGGCCGCUUAAGGGGAAAGAAACCACCAGGGAACCACUGCAACCAUCACAACAUGGCAGAAUGCUGCAAGGAAGGGCACUUUUACGACAUUUAUCACUGCUCGCCACCCGUCUCAAAGAGAACAGAAGCUAUUUUGACCCUAAACAGCUUUGAAAAGGGUGGGGAUGGGGGCUGGGCAUCACAGUGUGACGAGAAAUUUCACUCUGAUAAGACUAAGGUGGUGGCGCUGUCAACUGGUUGGUAUAAUCAUGGGAAAAGGUGUCUCAAGUUUAUAACGAUUUAUGGCAAUGGGAGAAGCGUGAAAGCUAAGGUGGUUGACCAGUGUGACUCGACCAUGGGGUGUGAUGAUGAACAUGCUUACCAACCACCCUGCAGGAACGAUAUUGUGGAUGCUUCGAAUGCUGUUUGGGAGGCUCUUGGCGUCCCAAGGAAGGAUUGGGGUUGGAUGAAGGUUACCUGGUCCGAUUAA